UCACAUCCAUCCUGAGACAUGGAAGAGACACACACAUAAGAAACACAUGCGAUGCGUUUGGGUUUCUCCUCCUCGCGACCACUUACCAGGAUGGACUUGCACGAAGGGUCCGACCGCUGGCUCGAUGGAAUAGUCUGUGCUGUUUGAGCACGAUGCCUUGUGCGUCGCGUCACAUAGACAGGCCUUGAAGGUGCCCGCCACUGGCAACUCCACACUCUCACAGAAGAGCUCUUCUGUAUGGCUGCCCUCGCCAUUGCACUCGAUCGGGUAGCUGGGCGAGCUGCUGGGCAGCUUGUGCAAGGCUGACCCGCAUUCGAACUCCCCGUGGUGUCCGACGCUUGUGCCGAUGAGCAUGAGCUUGUCUCUGUCAGGGUCGAGGUGGUGGCCCCUGACUGUCAGCUGCAGGGAGCUGGCCGUGUGCGGGGGGUGUCUCUGCUCCACGUAUUCGACCGCAGACACGAACCCCUUCUCUGAGAACACGCAUACACCGAUGACAGCAGCAAUGUACCAGGACACAGUAAGCUGUCCCUUACUUUGGCUGAUGGCGAAUGUGAAUGUGUUUCCAUCUGCCCUUUUCGCGGGGAAGAAGUUGUGUCCCGCGAGGCAGUCGCCCUCCAGUGUAAGUGACGCAUCACAUUCGCAUAGACACAGCAGAGGAGCUAUUCGGUGGACUAUGGUCGAACACGUGAUGGUGUUGGCGGCCUCGGCGGGCGUGCAGUACAUCGGGAAACCCUUGGACGUGGCACAUGACCCGCACCCCGCUAUCUUGAGCUGGUCGUGGGUCAUCUCGAAGCCGUCCACACUCACGCGUAUGACCUGCUCUUCAGCCUCGUUGAGUGUCGUUGGGGUGAAGGCCGUGACCGACAGGGGAUCUGUGUGAUCGACCGAGACAGACACAUGCCUAUGGUCGGCUCUAGUGCUUCUGGUUUGGAGAGAUGGCGCUAGCCUGAUGGGUUGACGAGAGGCUGCGGCCCAGGAGUCACGAUCUCUUGCAUCAGGGCGGAAGGGUCAGUCAACAACACACUUAGGCUCUGGCAUGCGGCAGAUGAGGACACCUCUGCACCAUUGAUCGACAGCUGCCCAGCCAGUGUGGCAUCGGGCGUCGCUGCCAGGAGAGGGGCGCUGGUGGAGAGUGAGAUCCAUUCCUCAUGGCAUAGAGCGACGACAUAGCCGUGCUCGUUGGUGAAGCCGAACGGGCCGCACGAGAGCGUGGUAUUGCCUGAGGCAAUGCAUGGCAGCAGGUAGAACUGGUUGACCACGUUGGUCUCCAUCAGCCGCAGCAAGGAGGAAGAGUGCGCCUGUGGCGAGUCACUCGCGAGAGGGAACAGCAUCAGCUCGUCUCCUGGGCUGAGGCCGCUGCCCGUCAGAGUGACUGACAGCUGCGGAGAACAAGCGACAGAUACGUACAUGUCUCUGUGUAGUGUGCUCUGUGUGUGUGACCAAUUACUUGGAAUCCGACGUGUGGCUUCCGUGAGACAUCCACUGACUCGACGGUUGCUUGCACUGCUCAGCGCACAUCGCGUGCAACAAGACAGAGAGGCACAUCGAUUGACACAAAGGGGUGUCCUGUAUGUUACCAAUGCAUGUCUGGGAGUCCUUGUCAAGUCGGGCGUUGCUGGCACACCCACAUGUGAAGCCACCCAGUGUGUUCUCGCAGGUCCCUUCACAGUUGUGGGUGCCCGAUGCACACUCGUCCAAAUCUGAACAGGCGAGACACACUCACCACAACACGCGUGUGUUUUUCCUCUCUCAUGGUGACUUACCGUAGAAUAGUCCGUGGUACGAGUAAAAGAUAUUGCCUGAGCCGUAAGAGUCCUUGACGGUCCCCUCGUUGAGUGUGACGGUCACCCGCCCCUGUGAAGGGACCUGGAGGACUAGGUCCAGAUACAGCUGUUGUCGAAUAGUGGCUUCGACCAAGAGGGCAUUCGACAGCUGCACACAUGCAUUCGCAUUGAUGUGGGAACACACACACACGGUCCCGACCUUACCAAUAUUCUGUCGGUGUUGAUGUCCCGCACGGCCUCGGAGAAGUGCAGAGUGAGCACAUGUCCGUCGCGGCUGAUCACAACCGUGUCAUUAUUGUCGGGGACCAGCACGCGGGGCGGAAUGAUCUCUGCACGACAAAUAGAGACAGACCCGAUGGAUGCUUACAUGCAUCUGGCCAACACAUCAGGUGUCUCCCUGCAGAUACCAGUCGUUUGAACCCAUUCCCUGCUAGCUUGGUCUGUGACUGUUCCGCCCUCGUCAAUCGCAAUACACGAGAUCGUGUACAUCGUGUUCGACAGAAGCCCGGUAAAGACAAACUCGGCGGUGAAGUGGUCAAACUCUGACACGGCGGCCCUCUGCUGCAUUGGCGAGACACUGGUGGUGGGCGGUUCGUUGACGAGAUCGAAGUCCUGUGGAGUAUGUGUGGCUGUGUCGCUGGGUGUGAGCGGCUGGCAGAAGAUCUCGGACGUCUCGCUCACUGUCACGGUGACGGUGAUGGUCUCCUCAGUCACCACAAUGGUCGACGAGUCAAGCAUUACAGAGGGAGCCGUGAUGUCUGCAAACACAAGCAACCAAGAGACACACGACACACGCAAGAUGCUGCUCCCUUUUUCGUCUGUCCUGCCUGCAGGUCUUCCCCCACCGUAUGGGAUCUCAAACGCCGCUAUUCUGUGGUUCUUGUUGCCGGCCAUGUCGGUGAUGCUGCCUACCGGCACCGUGACCUCCACCAUGCCCUCGCUGAUGGCCUUCACUUGCAGGAUCUUGGCAUUGUCCUGGGAGGGAUUGUCGCUCAUCGACACUAUCCUGGCGUUGGAGAGGCUGAAGACUUCCUCUGUAAAGGGCUGCACUGGCUCUGACAAGACCAUGUCGAUGUUGAAGGCCCUGUUUCGUGUGCGGGGGGCAGCGGACGAAUACAUAGUGAUCUCAGGCGGGAUGGGAUCUGUCAAAAGGACGUGGUGACCGCAUCCGUCCAUCCGUGUGCGUCUCUCACUCACCGUAGAGGACCGUGAUGGUGUUUGACGCGAGAUUUGUAAGCCCGUCUGUGUCUUGGACUGCCCCAGCAUCCAGCUGCGCCUGCACUGUGCCACCGUCAGUCUUGUCAACGGGCACCCGCAGCGCAGCCGUGUAUGACGUGGGGCUGUUGCGGUCAAGCCUGGUCGCCGUCGUGGGCAUGCUGUCGAUGAGAAAGUGGUCAGAGAAGUCUGUGGCCGUGAUGGGGUUGCUGAAGGUGAUAUAAAUGUCGAAUGUGGCCGUGUUGAAGGGGCUGGACGCAGACAGGGUCGGCCUGGUGAUCCACUCGAUAGCUUGCGGCGCCUUAAGGUAGUCUGCAGUGCACACAUUCCCACAAGUACAAAGAUCACUGGGUUUCACUGAGAGUGUGCUUGACCGAAUGUGACGACGAGCGGGAGGGAGGCCUCGUUUGGCUGAUUGUACACAUCCACCGCCAGCCCCUCCUUCGCAACUAUCGUGAUGGUCUCCUGGAGCGGCGCCACGUCAAACUCAUACGAAUUGUCAGUAACACUUCUCAGCCCGGCGCUCACAAUCUCCCCAUUGGCAACCUCCAGUGCGGCCAGGCUGGUGACGGUCACCCUUUUGCUGAAGCUUAUUUCCACAGUGAAUGGCGAUGCUGUGGUGAGAUUGCUGCCGCUGGCCAUGUACACCACUGCUGUCGGCGCGUCACUCUCUGCACACAGCGCGCGCACACAAGCGAGACACGAAGGAGAUACACUGACUGGGCUGUGUGCGCUCGUUCUUCAUCGACCGAUUCUCACUGUAUUCGAGGUGCAGGUGGGCCGCUUCAUUGCCUCGAUAGGGCACAGCGCUAUCAAAGACACUGAGGGCGGGAAGGCUGACAGAGAUGUUGCCCUCUACAGUCGGGGAGAGGUCCAGCAUGGCCUUGCUGAUGGCGCCACCACUCGACGGCUCUGUCCUAAGGUUGGAUGUCACCACAGACCCGGUGAGGGAGCUGUCGUGAGGCACCACAGUGAAGACGAGAUCGCUGACACUGAAGUCGGUCACUCGCUUGUCGAAGGUAAGCGUCAGCUGGAUGGGCAGCGACCGCCAUAGCGUCUGGGAGCUCGACAAUACGACGCCCAGGGGCCGCACUGAAGACACACAGACACGGCCCGCCACCUAUUCUGAAAUGUAUGGCUGAGUGGUUAGCUCACCGUAUGUGAUGAUGAAUUCUCUUUCCGGGUUUGGUGUGGCCCUCUCGUCCUCCACAAUGCCAGACGGCAGGGUCACGGUCACCGUCGUCGUGUUGUCGUCGCCAGUGGGCUCGUCCGGCACGAUUGUCACCUCAUAUGUGGCCGGGCCGGUCGGGCGGAUCUCAGUCACCGUGCCGUUGGUGAUGUUGACGUCUUUCGGUGUGACCUCUCCACCCCCGCCCGUCGCCCCUGGCCCGGGCCUGACUGUCUCGCCAAAGUCAAUCUCUAUCACGAUGGGCACGUCAUGAUAAUGCUCAAAAGGGUCGACCAGAGACGGACCAGGCAGACCUGAACGGACGCGGGCGACGUUUUGUUGACUAUAAUUGCGUGGCUUGUGCCCACCUACCGUAAUCAAGGGUCAUUGAGGCGACGUAGUUGCCUCGAUAGGGUACGGAUGCAUCAGUGACGGCGUAGUAGGGCACGGCCAAUGCAAUACGGGCACUGGCUGUCGGCAUCACCUCCAUCGUGACCCUCCUCACAGGUCCUGUCUCGGGGUCAGUAAAGACCUUCGUCUGUCUCCACGAUUCGAGCGUCACUCCAGUGUUGGCGAGGGAUCGAUUGUACGGCACCAUCCGCAUAUAGAUAUCGUCUUUGGGUCGAUCCCUGUUGAAGACUACCGGGGUGUCGAAAGUGAUCUCCACCUCGACUGGCGGGGAGUGCCAGCUCCGCUUGGAGGAUGUCAGAUUGACAAGGAUGGGAUGUACUGCACACGCACACAAACGACAAAGGACGUCGACACGAAGAGGUGAGGAGUGAAUAUCUGCUGCUCACCGUAGAAUGGAAGAGUGAAGUUCAUGACAGGGUUGGGCUGCCCCAGCACGUCUUGCAUCACACCUUCCGGAACCGUCAGCGUGAUAUAUGUCUUGUUAUCGAGGCUCAGUGACGCAUUUGGAGGCACAAUGCUGACAUUGUAUGCCGAAUCGCUUCCAUCCACCAGCCUGACAUCAAGGACCGUCCCGUUCUGAGCCCACAUAUCGGUGAAGUCGAGCUCUCGCCCAUCGACCGCCGGGCCAGGCACCACAGACUCGCCAAAGUCGAUUGUCGCCACAACGGGUACGUCCUGAUACAGCUCGGGAGAAUUGACAAUGGUCGGUACGGGAAGACCAGUCUUGGGAAAGCACUCCCUGUCCGUUGCGGCCUCGUCAUAAGAAUCCAUAAGCGAGUAGAAGAUUUUGCAUCCUGGUUCGGCGGGGUGCAGAGUGAUCUCAAUGCCCGUGCACUGCCGGUCGUGGAAGCAGUGGAUGGAGCAGUCACGCCGGCGGUAUAGAUUGCUGAGGUCCGCAAUGUCGCUCGGAGGGCUGAUGGGCAUAAGCUUGUACGCACCUGAUUGCUGCCCCUCGCCGCAAGUGCUGCAGCGGCACGCACCGGGCUUGCUGGGGCCUGUCAGUGUGCACACAAAACAAACAAUGGGGACUCCAGAAUAGGGUUUUGUCAUUUCGCUGACCUCCAUCCAUCUGACUGUCUUUCCGCAGGAUGCACUCCGCUUCCCCCGAGCUGCUGUUGGCGGCCCGCGGCAGGCUUUUCGGGCCGUAGUGCACCUCGCAGCGCCUCUCCAGCCCCAGGGCAACCUCGUACAUGGAGCAGAUCGGGUGUGCCAGGCACAGCCUGGCGCACUCCUGUCGCCGCGCAGCGAGGUCAUUGAGGGGGAUGGAUUGGUUGAGAAAGAUGUCGCUUGAGUAGGUGAAGUGAUAGCCACUGGGUGGGCAGUCGCCGUCGCAGAUACAAGGACCGCUGGAGGGGGACUCUGCAAAUGGAGCCAACAAAUUGGCAAAGAAUUCACACGUAAGUGAACAGACCGCCGUGGACACUUACCGUAUACGGUGUUGUACUUGGCGACGACGGGAUUGCCUGCAACCAAGGAUGCCAUCACCGUCCAGCAGACACGUAUUCGCCAUGGAUUUCGCUCCCAGCACACACCUGCAGUGCCGAUGGCAGCCGCCAGCGCGGCUAUGACCCCAAGCAUGAGGAAGGGCGGUGAGGAAGCCGUUGAGGGGAAGGGCGCUAG